AUGUCUCGCACCAGCAGUGAAGAGCAACUCAACUUCCUUCUGAGUUGUGUCAAGCACUCGAACAAUGGAAAGGUUAACUUCGAAGCAGUGGCAACGGAGUGCGAAAUCGUCACCAAAGGCGCUGCUGCCAAGCGAUAUGAACGUCUUUUGAAAGCUAACGGAAUCAACCCCAACGGACGUGGCCCAGCUGACGACGAGGCAAGCACCCCAACCGAAAAUACUACGCCCAAAAAGCCUCGCAAGACCGCGGCCAGCAAGGCAGGAACUCCGAAAGAAAAGGAGCCGAAAUCUGCGAAUGCCACUCCACGCAAGCGCAGAGGAGGCAAAGCAGCGACUGCCGCCUCUCCAACAAAGAAAGCCAAAUCUGCAGAAAAAAUCAAGGAGGAGGAUAGCGGUGAUGAGGGUGAGAUCAGCGAAACCGCAACCAGCGGGGAUAAUGAUGGUGUCAAGCCCAAGGCAGGCCUUCGCACCAACAAUGAUCCUUUCUUGGCACCUGCUGCGGACAAGGGAAGCGAUGAGGACGAGUCUCUCCAGGACUUCAUCAACACCGCCAAAUCUGCUGCUUUAAAGCGAGAGGAUAUUGAAACCGAGGUUUAA